CAAAAAGCACAUGGUGUGGCAGAGUUUCGUACACUUUGAGAUUGUUUUUCUGUACCAUCGUAAUACUGUAAACGUAAAAUAUUUGCCAUUCUGAAACCAAGAACAUUGUGUAUUGAGGCAAUGAGUAAACAAGGUUCACUGUAGUGUAUAAGUCAACAUGGCAAGUAAAGCCACACAAGAUAUAUGUGAUAAAAAAAGUAAAGAAGCAGCUAAAAGGUUGAGACUGAAAGGAAAUGCUUACUAUCAGAAGAGACAACUCAACCAGGCUUUGAGUGAAUAUAAUCAGGGAAUCCUGUUGGCACCUCAUGAUGAUGCUGAUGGUUCUGAAGAGCUGGCUCUGGCCUUUGCGAAUCGUUCAGCCGUAUUUUACCAAACCAGUGAUUGGAAGGGUUGCUUGCGAGAUAUACAGCAAGCAAUGAAUCACCAAUAUCCUGCUCAUAACCAAUACAAAUUACAUAGAAGGAAAACGCAAUGCUUGAUUCAGCUACAAAGAUUUCAAGAAGCCGCUGAGGCGCUUCAAGUUGCAAAAUCUGAGGUAGAAAAUAAUACAAAUUUACUACAAGAAGAAAAAGAUAAUGUAGAUAAGGAACUUCAGAAGUUAUUUGGAAAGUUGAAUCUAAAACAAAAAGUAGCUGUAGAGAGCGAAUGUCGUACGCAGGAUAAAUAUGACUUUGUUGAGUCUAAUAAGAUAUACUCUGCGUCAAGUGAUGUCGCCCUCAAGUACAGUACAAGCAAAGGUAGACAUCUUGUAGUUGAGAUGCAGAUCCCAGCAGGUAGUACUGUCAUCAAAGAGAAGCCAUUUGCAGGUGUUCUGCUACCUAGUUGUCACAUGACCCACUGUCACCAAUGCUUUGCUGAAACAAAAGCUCCAAUCCCGUGUCCAUUAUGUACUAAGGUCAGAUAUUGCAGUGAUAUAUGUCAACAGAGGGCAAUGACCUCAUACCAUUGGGCUGAGUGUCCCUAUUGGAACUUGCUUCAACAUGUAGGAACAUUUGCACAUUUAAGUUUCAGAAUCCUUCUAGUUGCUGGGCUCGAGAAUAUUAAAGAACAGUUGAAAAAUGAUAGCGAUCUCUCCAGAGAGACUAGCAACUUAAUUCCUGGGUGCUCAAGUGAUAAUCAUUACCUGAGCAACUACAAAGCCGUAUGGAAUCUAAUGACCAAUGCAGAUAUGCAUUCACCAGAAAUUCUUAAAAAAUUUCAGAAGCUUUCCACUGAAAUUAUAGAAAAUACAAUUGAUCACCUGAUGAGCUCCGAAACAUGGAUAUCACACAAUUCCACAUCAAUAAAGAUGUUAGACCAAUCACAUGAUCAAGAAAGACAGUACCUGAUUGGUCAACUUGGGAAGGCUCUGUAUCGUCAUCUUUUGCAAUUACAUUGCAAUGCGCAUGCCGUUACAUCUGUUGAUCCAUCAGACAGUGGAGGUGCAGUUGUGGGACGCAGUGUUGUAGAUGUUGAGCAGAAGAGGAUAGCAACAGCAGUGUUCCCAACAAUAUCUUUGUUAAAUCAUUCUUGUAAUCCUAAUGUAAUUGUAAGUUUUAAGGAUGAUGAAAUAAUUGUGAGGACAACCAGAACAAUAGGAACAGAAGAGGAACUUCUUCAUUGUUAUGGCCCUCAUUACAAACACAUGGAAAAGAAGGUGAGACAAGAAGCAUUGAUGAACCAAUAUAAUUUUAAAUGUAGUUGCAUUGCAUGUAUGAAUGAAGGAGAUAUGAUGAGCAAUGAUGAAGGCAACAUCUUUGAAGCCUAUCGGUGUGUUAAGUGCUCCCAGCCUGUUUUUGACAAAGGUGGAGGUGAUGUUGCAUCAUGCUCAGGUGAAACCUGCCAAGAAAAACUGAAUUUGAAAAAAGCAAAAAAGAAUCAACUCGAGUCUGUAUCUUUGUUUUCCAUGGCAACUAAACUGUUGGAAGAGAGUAAAAUUCAAGACAGCUUGGAAGUACUGAUGCAAUGUUGUAAUAUGCAAUCCAGGAUACUGUAUAAGUAUAACAGAAGUUUAUCAGAAACACAAGAUUGCUUAGCAAGAUGUUAUGCCAUGUUAGGUGAUUUUGGUUCAGCCAGUAAAUAUCUUCAGCAAAGCAUAUCAACUGUUGAGAAAAGGUUUGGAUCUGAUAGCAUUGAGUUUGCCAAUGAACUACACAAAUUAGCUCAAGUACAAUUUAAUAUGCAAGAUGUUGAAGGAGCAAUAAUCACAAUCAACAAAUGUUUACCUCUCCUCACUUGUUACUAUGGCAACUCUCAUGAUACAGUGAAGGAAUUAAUACAAAUGAAAGAAGUUUUAAAAUGUUACAAAAAAUAAUGGAAUAAACAGUUUUAGAAAA